AUGCUUACACGAGUUGAUCCUACCAACACAAUUCUAGUCACUUACUUGCAAACCAUCGAUACUUCUGUUGAAACUAGAGUUCUUUUGGAAAGAGAAAAAGAGACAAAGUCUAAGUGUUUGAAGAAGACUACUGCUGAAUCUUCUGAGAAACAAGUCAAAGAAUCUAAAUCUACAAAGAGUCCGAAGAAGUUACCGAUUACAGAACCAGAGCCAACAAAACCCGAAGUUUCGCAUCAAGGACUUCUCUUUUGUGAGAUUCCUGCACCUGCUUCACCAUCUUCUAAGAUGCGAAGGGAAACUGAUAUGGGCAAACACAUAUCAAAGAACAAGAAGAAAAGUAAGGUGAUCAUCUCCUCUGAGUCUACCGCUGAUGAAAAUGAAACAGUUCCAGAAACUCCAGAAGCCGAUCUUCAGAAAUAA